AUGGCUGAAUCUGAAUCCCCGCCGCACGUGGAACGCAGGAUGUGCGGCAUGGGAAAUCAUAGACUGAAGACCCCGUACCGAACGAUAAGAAAUCGGAACCUGCUAAAGUUUGGCCGACUCAUAAACUCCGAGCUCCAGGUGCAACCAUUGUGCCUGUCCUGCUACAAUGACCUACGAAAGCUCUACAUCCGGAAAAUGGCCAAUGCGAAGAGACAUCAGGAGGAGAGGAGACAGGCUGGGGAGGCGAGUAUUUCGACAGUGAGUGGCAGUGAGUCGAGUGAGGCGACCCUUGGGGUUACUACCUCGGUCUCGGAGGUCGAAGGACCCUCUGCGAGCAUCUCUUCAGAUGACGAAAGACCCACCACCAGCGCCGCAGCGGCUGCCAAACGUGCAAAAAGGCUUUUGGUUGCACCGAGUUCUUCAGAGGACGACGAUCCCAACUCGAAUCUUAGUCUGAAUGCCGUUAAUGGCACUCGAUUGCCUCAUGUCCAGCCGAUCCCCAAAAGACGUCAGUUUGUCCACUUGAACAAGGAGGCCAUGGAUAUAUACCUGGCGGGAACCACAGGAGGAUAG